AUGUUUGAAGAUUUUGGAGUUGCUGGUAUGUUCAUGGGACAACAAAGCACAUUUUCAUUAUAUGCAUCGGGGAUAUCAUCAGCUCUUGUAUUAGAAAUGGGGGAUGGAGUGACUCAAUGUGUUCCUUUGUUUGAAGGUACUCCUCUUCAUCACGCUAUUACUACAAGUCCAAUUGGUGGUGGUGAAAUAACCGAUUUUAUUUUGGAACAAUUGAAACACGUGAAUGAAAUUUUUCAUAUAAAACACGUUGGUAAGAACAUUGCAAGAGAGAUUAAAGAGCAAUUUGGAUACGUGUCUUUGAAUUUCAAUCAAGAAGUGCUAAACCAAUUACAAGUCGUCCAAAGUACAUUUCAACUGCCAGAUGGACAAAAAAUCAAAAUUGGAAAAGAACUUUUCGUUGGCGCUGAAAUACUUUUUCAACCUUCUAUAAUUGGAGAAGAAGGGUUAGGUAUUCAUCACAUGGUAUAUAACUCGAUUAUGAAAAGUGAUGUCGACUGUAGAUCAACUUUUUUAAGAAAUAUAGUGGUGUCUGGAGGGUCUUCUUUGUUACCAAAUCUGUCUGAAAGACUUGAAAAUGAAUUACAAAAAUUAGUGACACAAUAUAUAAAAUGUCAAACAAUAACAAUGCCUGACACAAAAAUCGAGGCAUAUAUCGGAGCAUCUAUAUUUGGUGAAUUAAAUAUUUUCAAUCAAUGUGCUAUUUCAAAAACAAUGUAUGAUGAAAGAGGUUCUAAUGUAAUAAACAUAUAUUAUAAUUAA